GCUGAGGGAGAUGCGGAUGAGCCCAAGAAAGGUCAUGGUGGAUGUGGUCAUAUACAACCGGCCAUUAGGAAAGAAGGCUUGAAGCUUUUCGUCCAAUACAAAAGACCCAAAGAUGAGAAUGAGGAUGUGAAAUCGAUGCAGCCUGACAAGUGGCUGAUCACUCCAUCUGGGGUUUACAUGAUGUUCAAGAAGAUGUCGGACUCCGACCUUCAUCUCAUAGGUCUUUUGGAUGAGUACGCUUGUCCUGAGUGGAUGAUUCGCACG